AUGUCGUCCAUGCUGGCCGGUGGCCCCAACAUCCUGCAGAUGUGCAGCAGCUUCGAAGCGAACAAGUCCACGAAGGGCGCUUCGAAGCUCCGUCGGGACCUGAUCAACGCCGAGAUCUCGAACCUGCGGGACCUGCUGCCGCUGCCGUCGUCGACGCGGCAGAGGUUGUCGCAGUUGCAACUCAUGGCGCUGGUGUGCGUGUACGUGCGAAAGGCAAACUACUUCCAACACACUUUUGAAACAAUAUUCCGGAAACAUGACGUGCUGCCCGAGGUCCCACUUAUCCACUUUGGGUUCUCAAAGGCGAUGAGUGGCUUUCUGAUGAUGAUGACGCAAAACGGGAAGCUCCUCUACAUUUCGGACAAUGCUGCCGAAUACCUUGGCCACUCUAUGGAGGACCUCCUCAUCCACGGCGACAGCGUGUACGACAUCAUCGAGAAGCAGGACCACCAGGCGAUCCAGGCCGAGCUGAUGCGCAGCCCGAACCCGCUGGGAGUCCUGCACCACGAGCCUGACACGAGGCUCUUCCUCUGCCGCAUGAACGUGUCGCGAAACGCACGCCGACAAAUGCGCUUCGGUGACCAGAAGGUGGUUCUGGUGCAGGGUCACUUCGUGUCGUACCUACCGCUGUGCAGCCGAAACGAACCCGUCUUCCUGGCCACGUGCACGCCCGUGGCCAUGCCUGAGACGCGAGAGUGCGUCGUCCAGGGUUCAACAUCCGUGUUCACCUCCAUACACUCCAUGGACAUGAAGUUCCUACAUUUGGACAGGAACGGUGAGUUCCAUCUCGGUUACCAAAAGUCCAGCCUUCAGAGCAUCUCCUGGUACGAACUUGUCCACUGGGAGCACCUAAGGGAAGCACAGUCAAAGCACCGUCUAAUUACGCAAUCGGAGCAGGAGCGAUCGUGCAUCUUGUUGGUGCGGUUGCAGACAAGUCGUUCGGGCUGGCUGUGGGUGCACGCAGUGCUCCAGGUGAAGGAUGGCUCUGACAGCUCUCAGCAGCCCGUUAUCGUAUGCACUAACCAAGUUCUCAGCGAACGAGAAGCAGCCGUGAUGCGGGCCAACUCUUGGCUCUACCAAUACUACUCUCUCCACUCGAAGAUGCACUACGGCCUCGCGUACGAAGCAACACGCCUGCCAGCUUACUACCCAACUCCUGUGAUGCCCUAUCCACCACCUCCCCCGCCUCCACCACCACGAGAAGUGCCGCAAGCACCGCUACCACACUCGCCUUAUCCCCUUGCCCCAUCACCUCAAUGGAGCACCAGUCCCUCAUCAUCCACAACACCACCCUGGUGUGCUCCAGUACGGCGGCCCGUCUCCACACAGUGGUCUUCCUUACAGCAGCGUCGCUACUAGCGCCGCAGCAAGCCGCAGCUUCAGCAUGUGC